CCGUUAUAGUAUAAUAAGAAUAAUCACUUCUCUCUUUCAGCAUUCAUGAAAAAGUAGUUGCUCCGUUUUACAAUUGAGCACAACAGACCUACAACCGUCUACAACCAUCUAAAACAGAACAACGACGGGUAACCACCACAUCAACCGUCGACGAUGAACCCAAUUCCGAGAGCAUACUCUCUUUUGAGGACAACUAACGUCCCAAUGCUUCGUGCUGUUUUCCGAACAACCAUCCAGUCUCCCUCGUUGCGAUUCUACGGCCAAAGCGCCUACGGAGGAUACGAGAAAAGCCCUGCGAAGUCCGACAUUUCACGUGCAAAGGAACAUCCAGGCCCUCCACCCCCAGACACCAAAUCCUCCUCAACUUCCUCUCAAGAAUCUACCGGUGGCUCCAGUCCAACAUCCCCUUCCUCCCCCUCCCGCUCCGACCCCCAAGCCGAAGCCGAAUCCCAGCAACCUUACUCUUCAACUGCGCCCGGCGCACCGAAGGACCCCGAGAAGUCUGAAGCACACCAGAUCCAGCGCGAGCCGUCGAAUAAAGCACAUCCGACUAUUACUACUGGGAAGCAGUCGCCAAAUGUGGAUGAUGAGGGACAUCGUCGGAAGGAUAUCCCGGAGGAUGUGAAGGAGCAUAACAGGGGAGUUGAGCAGAGGCAUGACCGAUCGUAUAAUCAGAUUACGGAUGAGGGGAAGGUGCAGAAGGGGUUCUAAUCAGGAGAUAUAUAGAUGAGGAUGUGGUAUGUGAGAAAUUUUGUUGUUAUACCCUGGUGAGGGUUUGUUUUACAUAGGGAUAUGUCUAAUUACUACUGGUUGUAAUGUUAAAUGAUAGUCCAAUUUGCGUCAUUGUCGGUCACCAAUAGUUAGAGCAAAUCGUUGCCUUAAUGUCAUGCCAACCAGGCAGAAUAUCUGUUCGGUACUUUGUAAUCCAGGCGCAGCAGGG